CCCCCCCCCUCCUCUCCUCCUAUUGGCUCCGGGGCGCCGGUCACGUGGCGCCGCGUCGACCAAUGGGAGACGUGAAAGAGAGACGAGAGAUGGCGGCCGCUGGUGGUGGUUCUUCGUCGUCUUCCCGCGGCGCGGCGCGGAAUGGGGGCCUCGAGCGGAGGAAUGACGACGAGCCGGUGAAGGUGGACAAGUGGGACGGCACGGCGGUGAAAAACGCCUUGGACGACGCCGCUAAGAAGGUGCUGUUGGAUAACUACGUCUACGAGGAGAACUUCCGCCUCAUCGAUUGCCGACUGCUCAUCUGCACCGUGUCCUGUGGCUUUGCGCUGUUUGCGCUCGCCUGGGACUACCUGCACCCCUUCCCCGAGUCCCGCACCAUCCUCGUCUGCUGCGUUGCGUCGUACUUCCUGCUCAUGGUGUUCCUGACGGUCUACACCUCCUACGUGGAGCAGAACACCUUCCUGGUCGCCAAGGAGAAGGACCGCUCGGGCCUGGACCCCGACAACACGUGGACACUCGCCUCUGGCAUCAAACGGUUUGACGACAACUACACCCUCAAGAUGACCUUCAGGGACGGCAAGAGCGGUCGGCACCGCGAGAGCGAGUUCACCAAGUCCGUGGCAAACUUCUUCGACGAGAACGGCCUCCUCCUCGUCGACCUCUUUGAGCCGGAGGUGUCCAAGCUGCACGACGGCCUGUCCAGGGGCAAGAAGACGCAGUAACGCGGGUGUCACGUGGGGGGGGGGGGGGUCGUACGGGGUCACACGCGGGGUCACGCGGGGCAGAGAAACAGGAGCGUCGUCAAAAAUGUGCUCGUUUUGCGAUCCAAGUGAGAGGACGGCGUGGAUGACGACGGAAAUAAAAUCCACAAAACCCAGGACGACGUGAAGUGAAGCUAAAGAAAAAAAAAUAAAGUUGCUUUUCUUAAAAGGUGGGCGUUAUAAUUUUUACGAAGUUUUUUUGUCGUCGUCGUUUUUCUUUUCCGCCUUUGUGCCGCUGCUUAAUUUCAAUUGUUGCCAUUUAAAACGUGAAGCAGUUUUUCCCCCAUUCGAAAACCCCAGAAAGCGCACCCCCCCACCACCACCCACAGGCAGAUCCACGUAUCGUGUUGAAUAAAACAAGUGACAUCGAUCACCCAUCGCCUGACCGUCCUUCCAGGGGCCUGUCCUGCGCAAUCGAUGCGCAGCUACAAUACACGUGACUCACUCACGCUUUGUUUACACGUGCGGUCGUCGGGAGACCGUGCGAACGCCGCCAAUCAAACUUCAUUUCCACAGGAACGUCAUGCAAUUUCGGGUGGGUGGGUAGGUGGGAUAGACCUUUGCUCUGGAUUUGAAGCCAGGAUCUUGGUGUCCGCUGUGAUUCCCGCGAUCGAAUGGGGAUCCACUUAGCCACCAUGGGCCGUACGCCCACCGCGUUUUCUUUAAAGUCGCUCAGCCGUCGUUUGCAGCUGCUGAGAAGCACGGGAUUUGUUUGAAGUGGGGUUGGUGGAUUGCACGCAGACAAUAACCUUCAUUUAUUUACACUUGUUUUAAGUACCUUUUUUUGGCCAGAGGUCACCAAAUGCUGUACAGAGCUAAAAGGUUUAUGGAGAGAAGAGAAAAGGUGACAAAGCACCGGUCCAGUGAUCAGAACAACCCCACCAAAUAAAGACCCCAAGGUAAAAAAAAACUAAACAUGUGUUUUAAUUAUGUGAAAAGGCCUUUAAGAAUCCACGUGUGCUCGGGUGGGAUUUGAAGCCAAAUGCGUGAGGCAAAGCCGCAAGGGGUGGUGAUGUUCCAGUAUGGGGCUGUACAGAAAGUAGGUUGCCGACUUACCAGUCCAGCGUUAUCUAUUCAUCCCCUCGUACUGAAGUAACCAGUCACAUUUUCACGUUUACUUAGAAGUUCAUCAUAUUCCCCAUAUGUACCGUUCGUUCAAAAAGGGCACUGCAUAUUACGCACCGUUUCAAGUAUUUCUAUGACUUGGUCAUUUUCAUGUGAAAGUUUAUACGAACUGCCGCAGAGUGAUUGUUUUAGGAGCUCGUCGAGAAAUGAGACGGAAACCAGCAAAACGCAUGCUUGUGUAGUAUUUUUACGAACAUUUAGCCUCGCAGUAACUUGCUUGUGUACCGCUUAUCGCUUCUCAUUAGUUGCAGUUGUUAUGAAGCACAGGCGGUCGUUGGGAGGGGUUGAAGGGACACGAUGAGACAAGUCUGUGAAGCUAAGGGUUUCUUAAAUACAAUGCAUUGUAACGAUUCA